CUGCUGCGUUACAUAACACACUUGGACCAUUAGUCACAUUCUCUACGUCGCACUUGCACUGUCAUUCGUUUGCUUCAGCAUCUCGCCUUCACCGCGCUCGCACCAUUCUGCAUACCCUCGCGGCCCCAGCAAAAAUUCUAGGAGGAAUUACGGCGCAACAGCCUCGUGGACAUCGCUUGGUUAACAUCCCUCGCUCUGUGUGACCUUUGAGGUAAUCCACCCCAGACAAAAACAGGGAUUGAGACAGGGUCGUGCACUGUUGUUUAGAAGCGGACACGAGAGUGACACGCACCAUUGCGUAGAGAAAAUCUUCGUCGACAUAUAAGGCAAGUCUGCAAGCAAUAUCUGGUUUUGACAGAAUGGGACCCUUCCAGGACUACGAGGAAAAGAAGUCGCCAGAGAAACAGAGCCCCCGCAGCCGCAUCCCCAUUCCAGUCCUCUUCCCGCCAUCCUCACCCAAGGGGAAAACAUCGCCCUUGCCUGAGCAUCCGCAUUCUGAGGAGGAAAUCAAGGAAUGCGACAUCAGCUCACAGCUCUCAAAGAGAACAAUCAGCCCAAAUAGUUUCUCCUCCGAUGACACUGGAUGCCCAAGCAGUCAGUCUGCUUCGCCUGCCAAGACCCCAUCAGGCUCUGAGAACAGUCCCCUAUGCUCUCCGACCCUCUGUGAGCGCAAGGCCCAGACAAAGAGGGUGAGGGUGGAUGUGAUGGCCGAAUGGAGCUCCCCCCCGACCAGGCACAAGAGAGAGCAGCGCUCAUCCAAUCGGCCCAGAGGUAGCGAGGCAGACUUCAGUUCCUCCAGUAGUGCUGGGAGCUCCAAGACCAGAGAAUCUCUGUCCAUCCCCACAGUGAAAAAGCCAUCUUCACGCAGUCGCGGCGCCUACAUCAGAAGCCUGCCUGUGUUCAAGCCAGCAGGAAGCCCCAACGCCUCCCGAGACUCCGAUCUCUAUGCUCCCUUCAGGACCCCCCCCAAAGCGCCCUCCUCCUCCUCCACCAACAGCAGCAGCACCUCCAGUCCCACCACCAGACGGGCGCGCGCCACACGAUACCACUCGUGCGGGGACAGCCACGGCAUCAAGCCUCCCAACCCUGAGCAGUACCUUACACCCCUGCAGCAGAAGGAGGUGACCAUCCGCCACCUGCGAUGCAAGCUGAGGGAGUCUGAGAACAUUGUCCAUGACCGGGAGUCUGAGAUCGUGGAGCUGAAGGGCCAGCUGGGACGCAUGCGGGAGGACUGGAUCGAGGAGGAGUGCCAUCGCGUGGAGGCCCAACUGGCCCUGAAGGAGGCACGCAAGGAGAUCAAGCAGCUGCGCCAGGUGGUGGAGACCAUGAAGAACAGCCUGAUGGAGAAGGACAAGGGCAUCCAGAAGUACUUCAUCGACAUCAACAUCCAGAACCGCAAGCUGGAGUCCCUGCUGCACAGCAUGGAGAUGGCCCAGAGUGGCUCCAACCUCGAUGAUCCCACCCUGGACGAUGUCUGUGACUCACCAGAAAAGUCUACAACAGACAAGAUGGAGGAGGAGGAGGAGGAGGAAGAGGACGAAGAGGUCAGGGAGGUGCCCGAGGAGGAGAUGGCAAUCAGUGAACUGCUGGACAAUGAUGAGUUGGCCAACCGGACGGACAUCCUGGAGCAGGUCCUCAUGUCCACAGCCAUGGACUGUAGCCAGGACCUCAGCACCAAGCACUUGCCACCGCCUGGCGUCUCCAUGUUAGGCCACAGCAGUUUGGAGGCGCACAGCACUGACCAGUCCUCCUCUCCAGAGCCUCCCCUACCAGCACCGCUACUAGCACCACCACCACAGCCAACCAUUAUACUGAGCACACCAGAGCACAAAGAGGUUCAAACAGAGGACCUGUCCUACACUCCUGACCUACAAGAUCUCCUCCUGCAGCUGCUGAAGCUCCAGGGAGGUGGAGCCUCCAACUUGUCUCUCCUUUCGUCCAGCAACAUUCUAGAACUCCCGGCCCUGCAGUAUUCCAACCCAACCCAAGCUGAUCCCGCUCCCUCUGCCUCCGUGACCUCAGGGAGCUCCAGUGAUUCCGGCCUGUGUUACUCCGAGCCGGAGCCGCUGAGCCCUCGCUUCAUGGAGGAGCUGGAUUUCGAGGUGCAGAAGGGGGUUGAUUCGUGCAGCGCUCCGUCGAUGACUGUUGUGGAGAAGCGCUACUGGAGCAACAGCUUCCUGGUUGAUUUGGUGGCUGUGGCGGCGCCGGUGCUCCCCACGGUGGCUUGGCUGUACUCCCGGCACGAGAUUGGCGGGGGAGCACCGGUGUACAACAUCGCAUCGCUUAUCCGGGGCUGUUGCAUCAUGGGAUUGCACACUCUCCGCCAUGUCACUCACGGCCCCGACAUCUGAUUGGUCCUCAACCCUGCACCACCCCAACCCCCCCCCCCCCCCCACCUUCGCAUGCACUAUCUGACCCAACAAGAGCACUUGACCAUCCGCUAAACAACCUAGAUUAUUUGUUGUAUUCUUGUUUUUGUUUUGUACAAUUGUAUAUAAAAUCACAUAAUGCAUUUUGCUGUCAUUUGUUUUGUUUUUUUCUUCUUCUUCUUUGCACUCUUGUAAAGUUGCCGUAGUUUUAGGCAAAAUGUAAAAUGAAAAGGGAUUUGUGUGUUUUCUUAUGUUACUUAGUUGUUCUUUCACUUGUUAUUUAAGUUGAAUUUGUAAUUGAUCAUCUGGUAAGAUGAUAUGUUGUACUUGUGCAGUUCUUGGCCUAGUUUAUUUGUUCCCUGUUUUUUUUAUACGAGGAAUGACUGAGUGGAGAGAGUAGUGUGAUUCGACUGUCACUUGAACAAGUUGCACUUGAGCGAAAGGAGGAACUGACUGUCGUUAAUGUUUUGCUUCAGUAAUCGAAGUAUUCCAAAAUCUAAAUCCUGCCAAAGCUUUUUGUCCCUCACAGUUUGUGCUUGGUGACAUGUAUUUUUCUCCUUGAGGUUAGAGCUUUUUACAUGUUCCUAUUUGUGUACCAACCUGUGCGUAAUGACAGUCAACGCUACUGUACAACUUAACACUUGUAAUGUGCCUGAGCUAUGUGCAAUAUAAUUUGUUUAUAUCAGAUGUCCUAAUAUAUUUAUUAUUAAAGCAUGGUGCCCCCAACCCA